AUGUACAAAAAUAGUCAUAUAAGUAUAGAUGAAAUAAAAGAAAAAAUAAAAAAUACAAAAUUGCACGUUCUAACUUUUGCUACUCAUGAACAAGGUUAUUUUAAAACGCUAAAAGAAAGUUGUAAGAAUUUGAAUAUAAAUUUAAAGGUAUUGGGAAUGGGAGAAAAAUGGAAAGGGUUUAUUUGGAAACUAAUAAAAGUAAAAGAAUAUCUAAAUUUAUGCAAUGAUAAUGAUCUAAUUCUUUUUGUUGAUGGUUUUGAUACUUUCUUUGUUCAGCCAGCUAAUGUCAUUAUAGAAAGGUAUAUUAUAAAUUAUGACAAUUUUUUUGUUUGUACUAGUGAAAGUACUUAUUCUUCCGAUACUUUUUUCUUAAAAUUUAUAGAGAAAAUGCAUUUAAUUUUUCAUAAUAGUAUUUUUAAAAAUAAUGACAAUACUGAUUGGAACUCCUUAAAUAUAAAAAAAAAAUACCAAAACUUUACUUUUUUUUAUAAUAAUUUAAAUUUGCUUAAUUCAGGAGGAUGGAUUAGUAAUGUAUUCUUAGCAAAAAAAAUUUUACAAUAUAUACCUUCUUUUAUUGAUAAUGAUCAAGUAUUUUUAACAAACCUAUAUUUAGAUUCUAAUUAUUUCUUAAAAUUGCAAGAAAAAAUAAGUUCAAAGGAAAAUAAAAAAAUGCUAGAAUUUAAUGUUCUAAAAAAUUUUAAAUAUUACAAUAAAAUUAUUAUCGACAAUCAUAAUAUUAUAUUUCACUUAUUCAGAGGAAAAAAUAAUUUAAUGCUACUAAAUUAUGCCGAAUGUAUAGAGCAUUUUCCUUUUAAACCUUUAUUAAAUAUUUAUUACUUAAAUGAUGAAAAAAAAGAAAAAUUAAUUCUUGAAAAUUCAUUGGAUCAAAAAAAAGAAAAAAAUAAUAUUGUAAAUACUUUUAUAAAUUUUAUAAAAAAAGUUUUUAAAAAUGAUAAAAAAAAUAAUGGCUGUAAUGAUGAUGAUGAUGAUGAUGAUGAUAAUUUAAAAAAAAUUAAAUUAGUAAAAGAAAAAUACAAAAAUCAAAAUGAAUGGAGAAAACAAAAAUCAAUUUUAGAUAAUGUUUAUAUUGAUAAUACAAGAAAAAUUGGGCAAAUUGAAAAAACAUUUAAUUAUUCUGUUGUUGACAUAAAUACUCAUACAUCUCCUUGCAUGCUUCAUAUACACUGCCUAAGAAAUGCUGAUGAUAUAAUCCUCAACAUAGGAUUAAAAAAUAUAUAUAGCUCUAAAUGGUAUGGGCAUUUAUGGUAUUUAUUUUACAGUUUAAAAGACACUUUAAACUUUAAUUAUUUUAGUCUUUUAUUUGCUACAGUAGUUGCAAUUGUCACUUUCAUUUUAAUUCAUCUUAAAUAUCUUCUAAAUUUUUUAAUAUACAUUGAUACCAAUUUCUAUAUAAGCAAUAUGAAAAAAGUAACUUACAUAAACAGAGCUAUGCUGAUACUAAAUGAUAUUGAACUUUCUUGUGUUCUAUCUUUUAUAUUAUCGAUUUUAUUUUGGCUUUUUUAUAUUUUUAACAAAACUAUUAUAUAG